AUGAGUGCGCCCGACGGGUCAAAGUUCAAGAACACGGAGGCUGGGCCAAACCUUGCCAGAGCAGCAGCGUCGGCAUCUUUAUUGCCGGGCAGAGCCACAAUGUGCACGUUUAGCAAAAGCAGUGACAAGCGGCACGGUAACGAGGUCUGCCCGCCUUCAGACCAGACGCAUUCCAGCGUACGGAACAAGCCAAAACCAGGUUAUUUUGGUGGUGGCAGCUAUAUUCGCCAACAGCUUCGAGCUGCUAUUUAUUGUGAGUGGGUGCCGGCCACAACGAAGGGAAUGCGUACGACACAGUGGUUUCUGGAGCGAAAGGCAGGGAACCCUGAAGAAGUGGUUUAUGGACGCAACGAGCUCUAUAUCAAGACGGUUCCUGCCAUUGGAUUUGGGAACUCAUAG